AUGAUAAUAUUACUUAUAAUUGUUCGAUCAACUCAUCAAGAACUGUAUUCAUGUGAUGAAACUGCUGUUUGUGGAUGUUCAUCUAAUUUUGCUUUGGUUAAUCGUAUUGUUGGUGGAGAACAAGCUGGUACAGCAACUUGGAGUUGGACUGUAUCACUUGCUAUUGCAAAUUCUCGUCUAUGCGGGGGAUCAAUAAUAUCAAGUUCAUGGAUUAUCACAGCAGCACAUUGUGUAUAUGAUCUUUUACAAUCACCCAUUACUGUUUAUGCAGGUUCGACUAUUCGAUGGUCUGGUACACAAACUCGAAUGGUAUCACAAAUAAUUGUACACCCUGGUUUCAAUGCUGACACUUUUGUUAAUGAUAUAUCUCUUUUACAACUUGAUUCUCCACUUAAUAUGAGUGAUUCUAAUGUUAGUACAAUUUGUAUGCCUCUUGUUAGUUCAUCAACUUUGGAAUCUGGUGAAUGGCCACCAUCGAAUACAUCUGUGAUAACAGUUGGAUGGGGUAGACUAUCGGAUGGAGGUACAUUACCAACAAAUCUUCAACAAGUUACAUUGGAAACAAUUGAUUAUCGUGAUCCAACAUGUAGUGUAUUACUCACUGAUGAGAAACUACAAUUAUGUGCUAGUGUUCCGGGUGGUAUUAAAGGUUCAUUUUCUAUUAUUUUACUUGAUCUUUAUUUUAUUAUUUUUAUUUUCAUAGAUUCUUGUCAAGGCGAUUCAGGUGGACCAUUGAUGAUGUUUUCGCCCAGUAAUCAAUGGAUAUUAGUAGGUUUGACUAGCAGUGGUCAUGGAUGUGCCACACCAACCUAUUCAGGUAUUUAUACUCGUAUAGUUGCAUAUAAAGAUUGGAUUCAAGCAUAUACAGAUGAAUCUUAUUGGAUUGAUGUCAAUCAUGGAAACUCUAAUUCAAUAUCGAAAAUUUGCUUUAUUUCCAUUGUAACACUCAUCUUUUUUAAAAUAUUCCAUCAAUAA